AUGAUUCCUAUCCGACCGGAAAGCCAACAAUUUGGUACAAACAGUAAGGAAACGAGUUCCAUGAUGGACAAACUACCUGACGUUGUUGAAAACUACGACGAAAAAACCGACCAACUGAAACGAAAAUUGGACAAUGAACGUGCAGCAUAUCAAAAAACUGAACGAUUGCUAAAUGACUUUAAUUCGAGAUUUAAACAUGAACCGAUAGAACGAAGAGCGAGCUUAAAGGAUAACCUCGAAUCUGAUUUGGAAUCCUGUAGAAGAUCAAUCAAGGGCAUCAAGCUAUCUAUCGAGAGCUAUCAAAUGGAUUCUCAAAACGAAACUAGGGAGUCUAGAAUGAGUGCUUGGAAUCCGUCACUUUUUAAAGCUCAAAGCCAUCCGGAAACACAUACAAAAACCCAAUUGGGUACCUCCACGCGAACAGAUGUGGCACUUUCAAAAAAUGAAUGCAUAGAUUUUUCAGAUAGACUAGAUCCUAUAGUCACUCAGUUUGUUGCUAUCGACAAGGCUGAAGGUUGGGACCACAAGCCUUUGUCUGUUUUUCCAUCUCCAAGUAACGAAGCUCAAUCUUACUCGUCGAAAGAGGUACCCAGCUUGAUUCUUCAAGACUGGACGAAGAUUGUACAGGAUGCUUGCUCAAGGCUUUCCAGUACCGAAAUUAUCCACAACGCCAACAACAUUUGUCAGUAUCUGCAUGAGCACCCCGAAAAAGAUUGUCUUACAAAGGCUUAUUACAUGCUUCCUACCCUCCAUUUCAUGCUUACCCUUAACAUACCGGACGUUUCUGCUUGUGUGUAUCGCAUUAUAAGAAAUUUAUUUACGGAUCCUUCGGCGUUCGCCGUGUGUCAGUCAUUAAAUUUGACUUGGCUGCUUUCGAAAUCUAUCAUAUCGAUAGGUCUCACUUAUGAGGCGGAAAAGGCUCAGGCAUUUCGAUUGAUUCGUACACUGUAUGCGUUCUCGUGUACUGAAGAACAUGAGCGUAUGCUUUUAGGCAUUACGAACACGUUAAUUGCUAUCUGUGAGCAUUCCACAGAUGCAAACAGGGGUAUUGCAAGUGAAACACUAAUUGAAUUGAUGAUAUUAAAGCCUCAGGUAUUAUUACGAGCUAAUGGGUUGAGAGUAUUAAUUUCCUCUCUCGUCGAUGGCUCCAUUUCAGAGGACUUAGCGGCGACUUCAGCUUUGGCACUCAUUUAUCUUUUAGACAACCCCGAAACUUACCGUUAUCUGAGCUUACCUUAUGACAUUGGUAUUUUAUUAUCACCAUUCACUUCACCCAGCCUUUACGACUUAUACAGUCCCUCCGGAGGUCAGCCGGAACAAACCUCUAGAGCUAUUCGAUCAAGCGCUAAAAUUAUUUCUGUCCUUUUAAAUUCCUGGCCUGGACUUUUAGCUUUCUCUACCGAGGAUUUUCAAGCCCUUCGAUCUCUUGUAGAUUCCCUUCGUGUUCCGACGUUCACCGCUCGUAAUGAUAUAAUCGAUUUGUUUUUGCUUAUUUUCAAAGUUGAUUGUUCAACCGUUCAUGAUACGUGUAUGGCCGCUGGAAAGAAGCAUUUUCCUGCCAAAGGUCAGAAUAUUAUUGAAGAAAUCGAAGCUAGCACGCUCAAUUUAUGCGACGGGUCCUACAGAAAAUUUUUAGCUCUUAAUCACCAUUUCACAGCUCUCAUAUUAUUCAUUUUUCUGGAGUUGGGUUUGGUUGAAUCGAUCGUAUGUGUGAUCCGUGCUAAUGACGAUCAAACCCUUUGCAAAAAGGCAACAUAUCUUCUUGGUGAAGUUUUACGUCUUUCGGAUCAGCUACUUCCUAUUCAGCUAGGCGCUAAAAUUCAGUCACUUCCAUCUUUAUUCAAUAUGGCUUCCAAAUUUACUGCUGAGGAUAGAUUUGUUGCUACUUCAGUCCUACAAUCAAUUGAAAGCUUAAACCGUGCAAAAUGUCAGUCCGAAAUAGUUAACCGUGCAUCCAAUAUCCAUGAGGUGGGGUUAUCUGGGAAUACGUUUCGGGGUCAAAGGCAGAUUGAGCAUGUUAAAUUGAAGAUGGGAUUGCAGAUUGAUGACUCACAUUUUAGAAAUAUGCUGGCAGAAACGAAUGUCCUUACUACAAAAAAUUAUCAAAAAUGGAGAUGGGAUACACUAGCACAAAUUAUGGAAGGACCUCUUCUAAGCCAUAAGAGAAUAGAUGAAACUCUUCGUACAACGAAAUUUAUAAAAAGAUUGUUGUCGUUUUAUAAACCUUUUUCAGAUCGCUUUUCUUCCAUAAAAAAUACUACGGCUAAUCACAAGUACAUAAACGUCGGGUGUCUGGUAUUCAAGACGCUUUUGGCGAAUCCAGAAGGGGUCAAAUAUUUAUCAGAAAGCAAACUUAUAAAACAGAUUGCCGAAGCUUUGUCUCAGUUAGACGAAUAUUCUGGCCAAGUCGCGAAUCCGAUUUUUUCCACGAAACGUUUACAGACAACUCUCGUGCAUGGUUAUUUUUCCAUGCUCAAAGUUCUUUCAAGUCAAAAAGAAGGGCAUGCUAUUUUGGAACGUUGGAGAAUAUUUACUACUCUGUAUCACCUUGCCGAGAUUCAAAACAGAGAUGAUUUGUUAAUUUGUUUUUUAACGAAUGUGGAUUAUCGCUUGGAGGGCCACAGCAGGAUCAUAUUUUCAAAAGCAUUAAGCACCGCGCAACAAAGUGUACGACUACAAUCAACACGGCAUCUAUUAACGUUGAUUAACUCGGAAUCAGGAAACGACAACUUGAAUCAUUGGGCUAUUUCUCUUUUGAUAUUUCAAUUGUAUGAUCCCUCUUUGGAGGUUUGUCAAGUUGCUGUCAAAGCUUUGGAUGAUGUAUGUGCUAAAAAUGAAAAUUUACUUGCUCAAGUUGUUCAAUUACAGCCAUCUUUGGCCCAUUUAGGCGAAAUAGGCUCACCUCUGUUAUUGAGAUUUUUGGCUACUACUAUCGGCUUUCAUUAUCUGUCAGAGAUUAAUUUUAUUGAACAUGAAUUAGACAAUUGGUUUCACCAUCGAAAUGAGGCCUAUGUUGAUUUAAUAGAACAGAAUGGAUUUUUGACAUUUAUUUCUAACAUGGAUAUUGCUAAUACGGAGAUUACAACUAACGGAGAUGAUAUUCUUCCAUUACAUUUCUAUGGAGAACUGGUGAAGUCGCCAGAAGGUUGCUCUGUUUUAGAAAGCAGUGGUCACUUCGGCGAUUUCAUGAAUAUAUUGAAGGAGUAUGACAGAAAUAUAGAUAUGUUACACAUUCGUCGAUUGAAAAGUGCAUUAUGGGCUAUUGGAAAUAUAGGAAAAGCUGAGACAGGGGCUUAUUUUCUGGAAGAGCAUAAUUCAGUGCCUCUUAUCGUUAAGUUUGCGGAAGAAUCAACAAUUCCUACUGUCCGUGGAACAGCAUUUUUCGUUUUGGGCUUAAUUUCGAGGACUAGUCGUGGUGUACAAAUCCUUUCUAAUUUGCAUUGGUAUAGUCUAAUGUCACUAAUGGGGACAUCUCAGGGUGUUUGUAUCCCAGUGCACGCAUGUCAUGUAUUGUCGGCUCCAAGAAAGGGUGCUCAUCACCUUAAUGAUAGAACGUUUACAUACCCUCAGUUAUCUCUAGAUGAAACUUUAACAAACACUGAAAGAGAUGUCGUCAAGUAUAUCUCUAAUUUGUCGAAUCAUGUUUUGGCCAAUGAAUCUGCUCGUCAGUUAACGAAAAUCCGAUCUAAAAGCCCUCGAGUUUUUCUGUCCAAGCGCCUGGCCAAGUUUUGCUUUGGUAUUCUAGACCAGUACCAUUACCGUGUUCAGAUUUUGCAAUUUAUUUAUGAACUGUUUCCCCAUUCCGCUCUUUUGGCGUCUUUUGAGACUAAUGAGUUGCCGUCGAGAAUUUCAGGGCUUAAUUCUUCUGCUAUAUCUUAA